AAAAAACAUUAGACCAAUUUUGUGAAAAUAUAAACGCGUCUGCAAAAAUAUAAUAAAACAAUUGAUUUUUAUAUAAUUUAGUGAAUUUUAAGACCUAGAAGUAAGUUUAAACUAUGGCUGACGCAGCAGCACGUCAACUCCAAUACGAGUACAAAGCGAACUCAAAUUUGGUUCUACAAGCCGAUGUCAGAUUGAUUGAAAGACCACGACGAGAUGAAGCUACUGGAGAAGUCCUUACAUUGGUGGGAAAAUUGGAUGGAACUAAAAUGGGUGAUAGAGCUCUGCGUUCGAAACCCGAAAAUGCUGAAAAGAAAGCAAAAGACCGUAAGAAACGUGAUGAAGCACAAUAUGACCUUAAAGGCAUGAAAGGAGCAACAAUAUUGUCAGAAGGAAUCGAUGAUAUGGUUGGAAUCAUUUAUCGUCCAAAAACUCACGAAACAAGACAAACUUAUGAGGUUCUAUUGAGUUUUAUUCAAGAAGCACUUGGCGAUCAACCUAGAGAUAUUCUUUGUGGUGCUGCUGAUGAAAUUUUAACAGUUCUAAAGAAUGACAAAUUGAAAGAUCGCGAUCGUAAAAAAGAAAUUGAUGGAUUACUUGGAACUGUUGCUGAAGAAAGAUUCGCAUUGUUAGUAAACCUUGGCAAGAAAAUUACAGACUUUGGAACGGAAUCAGCUGCAAAUUUAGGAAUAAAUCCAGAAGAGCAACAAAUCGAUGAAACUUAUGGAAUUAAUGUCCAAUUUGAAGAAUCUGAAGAUGAAAGUAUUGAGGAUGAUUUUGGAGAAGUACGUGACGACGAUGAUCAGGAUGAAGGCGAAGAAGCUGUUGGCGAUGGAGUUAUUCAUUCUGAAAAUUUGGGUGCUUCAGAAGGAGAUAAAAAAGAAAAAGCUAUACAUCCACUUGAUAUUGAUGCAUAUUGGCUACAGCGUCGAUUGAGAGACUAUUUCCAAGAUCCACUCAUUUCUCAAUCUAAAGCUGAUGAAGUUUUAAGCAUUUUAAAGAACUCUAACGAUGAUAGAGAUUGUGAAAAUCAGAUGGUUCUAUUACUAGGAUACGAUUGUUUUGAUUUCAUUAAAAUCUUGAAAAAAAAUCGUCAAAUGAUUUUACAUUGCACACUCUUAGCAAAAGCACAAAGUGAGAGUGAAAAACAAAAGAUUCGUGAAGAUAUGAAAAAUGAUUCGUUUUUAUUGAAAAUUUUAAGACAAUUAGAUACAGGAAAAGGUGAAGAUCACGAUGAGUAUGAAGAAAAAAUAAAGUCUAAAAAGCGUCGUUUAAAUGACGAUGACGAUGAUGGUGAAGACAUGAUGAUUGAUGACAAUGAUGGUGGGAAAAUGGAUGGAACUAGAAAAAUCCUUGAAUUAGACGAUCUUGUUUUUACUCAAGGUUCACAUUUUAUGGCUAAUAAAAAAUGUCAAUUACCUGACGGUUCUUUUCGUAAACAACGUAAAGGAUAUGAAGAAGUUCAUGUUCCUGCACUUAAACCAAAACCAUUUGAUGAAAAUGAAAAGUUAAUGCCAAUUGAAAAACUCCCAAAAUAUGCUCAACCAGUUUUUGAUGGUUUUAAGACUCUUAAUCGUAUUCAAAGUAAAAUUUGGAAAGCAGCACUAGAGUCUGAUGAGAAUCUCCUCAUUUGUGCUCCAACUGGUGCUGGUAAAACUAAUGUGGCACUGCUAACAAUGAUGAGAGAAAUCGGUAAGCACAUUAAUGACGAUGGAACGAUUAAUGUCGAUGAAUUUAAAAUCAUUUAUAUUGCACCAAUGAGAUCACUUGUACAAGAAAUGGUUGGAAAUUUCGGUAAGCGUCUUGCAUCCUACAAUAUAACAGUUUCAGAAUUGACUGGAGAUCAUCAAUUGAGUCGUGAGCAAAUUGCUGCUACACAAAUUAUUGUUUGUACCCCUGAGAAAUGGGAUAUUAUUACGAGAAAAGGUGGUGAAAAGACUUAUACCCAACUUGUAAGGCUCAUUAUUAUUGAUGAAAUUCAUUUGUUGCACGAUGAAAGAGGUCCAAUAUUAGAAAGUAUUGUUGCUCGUACCAUUCGUAAUAUCGAAACAACACAAGAAGAUGUUAGACUUGUUGGAUUAUCUGCUACAUUGCCUAAUUAUGAAGAUGUUUCCACUUUCUUGCGUGUUAAACCCGAUAAAGGUCUCUUUUAUUUCGACAAUAGUUUUCGUCCUGUAGCUUUACAGCAACAAUAUAUUGGUGUCACUGAAAAGAAAGCUGUUAAACGAUUCCAAGUCAUGUCAAUGAUUGUUUAUGAGAAAAUUAUGGAGAAAGCUGGACGUCAUCAAGUUUUAGUCUUUGUACAUUCACGUAAAGAAACUGGCAAAACAGCUCGUGCUAUUCGUGACAUUUGUUUAGAGAAAGAUACACUUGGAAGUUUCUUAAAUGAAGGCUCAGCUAGCAUGGAAGUACUGAGACAAGAAGCAGAACAAGUUAAAAAUCCAGAUUUAAAAGAUUUACUUCCUUAUGGCUUUGCUAUCCAUCAUGCUGGUAUGAAUCGUAUUGAUCGUACUUUAGUUGAAGAUUUGUUUUCUGAUAAGCACAUUCAGGUAUUAGUUUCAACAUCCACACUUGCUUGGGGUGUUAAUUUACCAGCUCAUACGGUAAUCAUUAAAGGCACACAAGUUUAUAAUCCAGAAAAAGGUCGCUGGACUGAAUUAGGUGCUCUUGAUGUACUACAAAUGUUUGGUCGUGCUGGUCGUCCUCAAUUCGAUACAAAAGGUGAAGGAAUUUUAAUCACAAAUCAUGGUGAAUUGCAAUAUUAUUUAUCAUUGCUAAAUCAACAAUUGCCUGUUGAGUCUCAAUUAAUUUCGCGACUUCCUGACAUGUUGAAUGCAGAAAUUGUUCUUGGAACUGUUCAAAAUGUAAAAGAUGCUGUGUCAUGGUUAGGAUAUACAUAUUUAUACAUCAGAAUGAUGCGCCAGCCUACACUCUAUGGCAUAUCAUAUGAUAAAAAGAAGGAAGAUGAACGACUAGAAACAUACAGAGCAGAUUUAAUUCAUACAGCAGCUGCACAGCUUGAUCGUAGUGGAUUAGUAAAAUAUGAUCGAAAAUCUGGACAUUUUCAAGUCACUGAAUUGGGACGAAUUGCUUCCCAUUAUUAUUGUACGUACGAGACCAUGCAGACAUAUAAUCAAUUACUAAAGCCAACAUUGACUGAAAUCGAACUAUUCCGUGUCUUCUCGUUAAGCGGUGAAUUUAAAAAUAUCACAGUUCGUGAAGAAGAGAAAUUGGAAUUGCAAAAAUUGAUGGAGCGUGUGCCAAUUCCAAUUAAGGAGAGUAUGGAAGAACCAUCUGCAAAAAUUAAUGUCUUACUGCAAGCCUACAUUUCCCAAUUAAAACUUGAUGGAUUUGCAUUAAUCUCAGAUAUGGUCUAUGUCACACAAUCGGCUGCUCGUUUAGUUCGAGCAAUUUUCGAAAUAGUUUUGCAUCGUGGAUGGGCACAAUUAGCUGAUAAAUGUUUAACGUUGUGCAAAAUGAUUGAUCGACGAAUGUGGCAGUCAAUGUCGCCAUUGCGUCAAUUUAGAAAAAUGCCAGAAGAAAUUGUCAAGAAAAUUGAAAAGAAAAAUUUCCCGUGGGAACGUCUAUAUGAUUUGGAACCAAAUGAGAUUGGAGAAUUGAUUCGCGCACCGAAAUUGGGUCGUACAAUUCACAAGUUUAUCCAUCAAUUCCCUAAAUUGGAGUUAUCAACACAUAUUCAGCCAAUUACAAGAUCAACAUUGAGAGUUGAAUUGACAAUUACGCCUGAUUUUAUUUGGGACGAAAAGAUUCAUGGACAGUCUGAGGCAUUUUGGAUUUUAGUUGAGGAUGUUGACUCUGAGGUCAUUUUACAUCAUGAAUAUUUCUUGUUGAAAGGAAAGUAUGCACAAGAUGAGCAUUUAGUUAAGUUCUUUGUGCCAGUCUUUGAACCUUUACCACCACAAUACUUUUUGCGUGUCGUCUCAGAUCGUUGGAUUGCAUCUGAAACUCAACUUCCGGUUAGUUUCCGUCACUUGAUAUUGCCAGAGAAGAAUUUACCACCAACAGAGUUACUUGAUUUACAGCCAUUGCCAAUUACUGCAUUGAGAAAUAUCAAGUUUGAAAGCAUCUAUAAAUUCCCACAAUUUAAUCCAAUUCAGACACAAGUCUUUAAUUCUGUAUUCAAUUCAGAUGAUAAUGUUUUUGUUGGCGCUCCAACAAGUUCAGGAAAGACAACAAUUGCAGAAUUUGCAAUUUUGAGAUUGUUCCAACAAAAUGGCGAUGGAAGGUGUGUCUAUUUGGUAUCAAAUGACGCUUUAGCUGAUUUAAUGUUUUUACAAUGGCACAAGAAAUUUGUCGACUCAUUAGGAUUACGUGUUGUAAAAUUAACGGGUGAGACAGGAGCUGAUUUAAAAUUAUUGGCAAGAGGUCAAAUUAUUGUCACAACAGCUGACAAAUGGGACAUCUUAUCGCGUCGAUGGAAACAACGUAAAAAUGUCCAAAAUGUCAAUCUAUUUAUUGUUGAUGAAUUGCACUUAAUUGGCGGUGAAGAUGGACCUGUAUUGGAGGUGGUUUGUUCUCGCAUGCGUUAUAUUAGCUCACAAAUUGAGAAACAAAUAAGAAUUGUGGCUUUAUCAUCAUCAUUGGCUGACUUUAAGGACGUUGCACAAUGGCUUGGAUGUAAUGCUAAUGCAACAUUUAAUUUCCAUCCUAGUGUUCGUCCAAUUCCUUUGGAAUUACAUGUUCAAGGCUUUAAUAUUACACAUCAUGCAUCGAGAAUUGCAGCAAUGUCCAAACCAGUUUAUAAUGCCAUCGUUAAGCACAGUCCACAUAAGCCAGUUAUAGUUUUUGUAACAUCCAGAAAACUUUCACGAUUAACAGCUAUCGAUAUUUUAACAUAUUGUGCUGCUGAAGGACAAGCUUCGAGAUUUUUGCAUGCUGACGAAAAUGAUUCAGUGUUUAAGCAGUUCUUGGACAAUAUAUCCGAUAAAACACUUAAAGAGACAUUAUCUCAAGGUGUCGCAUACAUUCAUGAAGGAUUAUCCCCCUCUGAUCGUCGCAUGGUUGAAGAAUUAUUUGAUUCUGGUGCUGUACAAGUCGCUGUUGUGACUCGCGAACUCUGUUGGGGAUUGAGCAUCUCAUCGUAUUUAGUCGUUAUCAUGGACACUCAAUUUUAUAAUGGAAAAAACCACUCGUAUGAAGAUUAUUGUACAACUGAUGUUAUGCAAAUGAUUGGCAGAGCAAAUCGACCGAUGGACGAUGACGACGCAAAAUGUGUAUUGAUGUGUCAGAAUGCAAAGAAAGACUUCUUUAAGAAAUUCUUAAACGAGCCAUUGCCAGUUGAGAGUCAUUUAGAUCAUCGUCUUCACGAUCAUUUUAAUGCAGAAAUUGUUACGAAAACAAUUGAAAAUAAACAGGAUGCAGUUGAUUAUCUUACUUGGACAUUCUUUUAUCGACGAUUAACUCAAAAUCCCAAUUACUAUAAUUUGCAAGGAGUUACACACAGUUAUUUGUCGGAUCAUUUAUCAGAAUUAGUGGAAUCGACGCUUAGUGAUCUUGAACAAUCAAAAUGCAUCAGCGUAGAGGAUGAAAUGGAUACAUUGGCGCUUAAUCUUGGCAUGAUUGCGGCAUAUUAUUACAUUAAUUACACAACAAUUGAGCUAUUCAGUUUAUCACUUAAUAGCAAAACAAAGAUUAGAGGCUUGCUUGAAAUCAUUUCAUCAGCAGCUGAAUAUGAGGAUAUUGUUGUUCGUCAUCGUGAAGAUUCUGUUCUUAAAGCAUUGUCAGCAAGAUUACCGAAUAAAUUAAAUGGUCCAAAUAAUUCGUCACCAAAAUACAAUGAUCCACAUAUUAAGACAAACUUAUUAUUGCAAGCACAUUUAUCAAGAAUUCAACUUAGUGCUGAACUUCAAAGCGACACAGAAUUAAUCCUUGGUAAGGCAAUUCGUUUAAUUCAAGCAUGUGUUGAUGUAUUAUCAUCUAAUGGAUGGCUUUCACCGGCUGUUGCUGCAAUGGAAUUAGCUCAAAUGGUUACACAGGCAAUGUGGAGUAAAGAUUCAUAUCUUAAGCAAUUACCUCACUUUACCAACGAUAUCAUUAAACGUUGUCAAGAGAAAAACAUUGAAGCUGUUUUUGAUAUUAUGGAAUUGGAAGAUGAAGACCGAACAAAAAUGUUGCAACUUGAUGAUAAGAAAAUGGCUGAUGUGGCUAAAUUCUGUAAUCGUUAUCCAAAUAUUGAAAUGAAUUUCGAAGUUGUUGAUAAAGAUGAUGUCCAUUCAGGCUCAAGUGUUAAUGUCGUCGUACAACUUGAACGUGAAGAUGAAGUUACUGGCCCAGUAAUUGCUCCGUUCUUCCCACAGAAACGUGAAGAAGGUUGGUGGGUUGUUAUUGGUGAUCCAAAGAAUAAUUCAUUGCUGUCCAUUAAACGAUUAACAUUACAACAAAAAGCAAAUGUUAAGCUUGACUUUGUUGCACCAAGUCCAGGAAAUUAUGAAUAUACAUUAUACUUUAUGAGUGACUGCUUUAUGGGAUGUGAUCAAGAAUACAAGUUCAGUAUAAAUGUUGGAGAUUAUCAGUCGGACGAUAGCAGUGAAUCAGAUUAAAAACCCUUUUAUAAAAUUUAAUUAUACUGUAGCUGAAAUGAUUUUCAUGCAACAAACUUAUUGAAUAAACAAUUAAUUAAAAAUAUCCUUUAAUAUCGCAGACAAUUUGGCAUUUGAUUUAUUUUUUGAAACG